AUGCCGGCCUGGGCCCAGGCGGCGGCGGAGGCGGAGGGGGCGGCGCUGGCGGCCGCGUGGUGGGGGCGGCGGGGCGGCGGGGCGGCGGGGGCGGGCGCCGGCGCUGCGAGGCGGGUGGGGGCGACAGCGGGGAUCGGCUCCGCGGGCGGGCGGGGGACGACGGGGGCGGAGGGGCGGUCGGGCGGGGGGCGGAGGGGCGGCGGUUUUUACUUGCAGAAACUCCGAGCGGGCGCGCUAGCAGCGGCCGAGCACGACAGCGCGACGCGACGCGGCGCGGCGCCAACAAUAAGUGAAAUAGCCGAACUGGUCGAAGUGAAGUGCGUCGCGUGUGUUAGAGGCGUGCGCGCACUUGUUUGCGGCUCCGAGCGGCCGCUCGCGCCUCGCACCUGUUCGCUCAGCAGAGCCGCCCCCGCAGCCGCGCUCAGCUACCCGCUACACGCGUCCCCGCUUCUGCUUCGUCGCCACGCGGCGGUAGCAGCAGCGGCGGCGGCAGCGGCAGUGGCGGCGGCCCCCUCCAGCAAGUUCCCGGCCAGCUCCACCAUGUCGCUAGACUUCAGCGACCUGCGGCGGCGGCCCAGCGUCUCUCGCCUCGACGGAUCGCUAGACUCCUCACCUGAUCGUCGCCUCAAUAGCCGGUCGGGCAGCGUGUCCGUGGUGGCGGGCGGCAGCACCGAGCUGGCGCUGCUCGAGCUGCUGCUGGCCAGGGAGCGCGACCCGCUCCAGCACCAGCACCAGCUGCAGCACCAGCACCAGCACCACGCCUUCCCCAGGAGGCACUCCGCGCACUGCUACCCCACAGAAGACGACGCGCACCUCUCCAUGGUCAGAGAUCGAACUAGCAGAGCAAGAUGGCGGAUCUCUGGUACAGAGGAGCAGGGAUCACAGACGGAACCUGCACAGCAAGAUGAUGUCUGCCUAAUGCAGUGGAUCCAAGUGGAGGCCACUGCCGCGGCGGCGGCGGCGCUUCGCUACGGCUUCCACGGGCUGCAGCAGCAGGCGCCGCCUCCGCUGCCGCCGCCGUUCGCCGGCAAGCAUCCCAAGCUGCCGCCCGUGCUGGCCGGCGGCGGCACGCAGGCGCUCGGCCGCAAGGGGUCGCCGCCCGUGUCGCCGCUCAGCAAGCACUUCUCGCAGGCGCUGGCGCAGCACGCCGCCUCCAAGCAGCAGCAGCAGGACAAGGCGGCGAGCCAGCACAAGGCGCAGCCGCAGGAGCACGACCAGCUGGAGCAGUACCGCCAGCUGCGCCAGCAGCAGCAGGCCGAGCUGCUCAAGCUGCAGCAGCAGCACAAGCAGGAACACCAGCUCAAGUACUCGCAGCCCGGCACCCAGCAGGACUAUCACCUCUACCAGCAGGCCAGGCAGCAGCAGCAGCAGCACAUCGCCAUCGACCAGCACCGCCCCUCAGCCUUCCAGCAAGGCCACGGCAGACCGGACUACGCGGAACAGUAUCAACAGGUGCGACACCACCAGGAUGCACUUCAGCAGAACGCACAAGACACAACAGCAGCAGGUGCAGUCUGUUAA